UUGACUAUCUUCCCGGGUAGACAAGGGGAGAUAAGCUCGAGAACUUGGGCCUCUCCAUUAUUCUAAUCCGUCUGCGCCCAUUGAGACAGCCCCGGUCAACCAUUCCGAUAAUCUCCCUCGUCGUCGUUUCCUUUAUAUAUCCUAGCGAGGGCCACCUCUCUCUCUGUUACAUUCGCCUCUUUCCCUCUACACCUUUUUUUUUUUGCCCCUACCGACCAUCCCAACCAACUCUCCCCUACGAAACCAAUCCACCCGCACAACAUACCGCACCACUUCCGCCCACAGUCAUGUCGUACUCGUGGGUCGGUGCGCCGACCGAGUUCAACGGCACCAACCCUGAGCUCGGAGGCGAUUCAAACACCGAGAACCUGAACCAAUGGUACAACCCGGGCGACCAGUCGUACAUCAUCAUCGCCUCGGCCAUGGUCUUGAUCAUGGUCCCCGGUCUCGGAUUCCUCUACUCUGGCCUCGCUCGAAGAAAAUCCGCCCUCUCGCUCAUCUGGGCAUGUAUGGCAUCUACCACCGUCAUUACAUUUCAAUGGUACUUCUGGGGCUACUCAUUGGCCUUCAGCCAAUAUGCGGAGAAUGGUUUCAUCGGCGACCUGAAGAAGUUCGGCCUCAUGAAGACGUUGGGCGCCCCGAGUCCCGGUAGCCCCUUGAUUCCCGACCUGCUGUAUGCUUUCUAUCAGAUGCAAUUCUGCGCCGUCACCGCCGCCAUCAUCGUCGGGUGUAUCGCCGAACGCGGACGUCUCAUUCCCAUGAUGGUCUUCAUGUUCGCCUGGGCCACCAUUGUAUACUGCCCCAUCGCGUGCUGGGUCUGGAACGUCAACGGAUGGGCCUUCAAGUGGGGAGUCCUCGACUACGCUGGCGGAGGCCCUGUCGAAAUCUGCUCGGGUCUGUCCGCCCUCGCCUACUCCAUGAUCCUCGGCCGCCGCCAGGAGAAGAUGAUGCUCAACUUCCGCCCUCACAACGUUUCGCUCAUCACCCUCGGGACCGUCAUGCUGUGGUUCGGCUGGCUGGGAUUCAACGGUGGCUCCGCCUUUGGUGCCAACCUCCGCGCCGUCGUCGCCUGCUGGAACAGCAACCUCACGGCCAUGUUCGCCGCAGCCAGCUGGGUCCUCCUCGACUGGCGCCUCGCUCGCAAGUGGUCCAUGGUCGGCUGGUGCUCUGGCACCAUCUCGGGCCUGGUGGCUGCCACGCCCGCCUCCGGAUUCCUGCCGCCCUGGGCUAGCGUUGCCCUGGGCAUUACGACGGGCGUCAUUUGCAACUUUUCCACAAAGAUCAAGUUCUGGAUCAGGAUCGACGACGCCAUGGAUAUCUUUGCCGAACACGGCGUCGCGGGCAUCGUGGGCCUCAUCUUCAACGGCCUCUUCGCAACAAACUACAUCAUUGGCCUCGACGGCGUCAACAACGGCCUCUUUGUCGGCGGUUGGAUCGAGCACGAGUGGAAGCAAAUGUACAAGCAAAUCGCCUAUAUCGUCGCCGCCACCGCCUACUCGUUUGUCGUCUCGGCCCUGCUCGCCUACGCCAUCGACAAGAUCCCCGGCCUGCACCUCCGCGCGAGCGAGGAGGCCGAGCUGCUGGGCAUGGACGACGACCAGCUGGGCGAGUUUGCUUACGACUACGUCGAGGUGCGGAGGGAUUACCUGGCCUGGACCCCAGCAAAGGGCGACCCGGAUUCGCACGAGCAUACCAUCCCCCAGGUCGAGCGCCACGGCAUCCACGAGCAUAGCCAGAUGCUCGAGGGCAAGGCGCCGAGCGAGAGCAGCGAGAAUGGCCAUGCGCAUACGGGCAUUGGGGGCGAUAGGCAUGCCAUUGCCAUGGGGGUCGAGAAAGGCGGAAUUCACGAGUAAUGGUCAUUAGCCGCCAUACUGCGCUUGCUUGUUGAGUGUUUCGGUUAGAUUUGUGUUUCGAUAUCCCGGCGAUGCUGAUUGCCGAUGUUUAUCUUUCUGUGCUUUCAUGGGGUUUGGAGUCGCUAUAUACCAUGGAGU